AGCUAAUACGUUUAAGCACAGUACUAAGAUAUGUCACCCAAAUUCAUUGAAUAUCAUUAAGUCGUUAUAAGUACAUGUACGUGUAAAGUUUAAGCAUAAUAAUAAAAUAUAUUGAAAGCAGAUUUAAGAAAAACUUUAAAGAGAUAUGAAAUAUGAAGGAAACAAAUGACAUAAAGCAGGAACGAAAGAAAGAAGAGAAAGAAUGAAGAUAGGUAGUAUGACAGACAGACAGACAGACAGACAAAAAAACAAGUCAAAAGUAGUUUUAUUUUAUGGCCUUACAAUAAAUCAUGCAAAUGUACGGUUAAAUGGGUUUAUCAGCUGGUCUGUGAAAGCCUAUACCAUACCGUCCUGAUAUCGGUUUCAUAGGUUUAUCAAUGAACGGUGAAGAUGUUCAGUGACUGAUCACUGUUACUAUAACUAGCGGGGUCUUCCUAUCUCAGUAUUUACCAGUGUGUGAUUAGCUUCAUCAAUACAUACAUUGCUUGCGGAAUAAACUUGUGGUUUAUAAAUACCAAAUCUAUACAUUUUACAACGCACGGAUUAGUUUGGACGACACUUUGACAAGAUAGUCACUGUUUGAUGAAAUGAAUAGGUAUUGAGACGGUACAGUAGAAAUGGAAGCACCAGACACAUUCCACCCGGUGAACAUUCUCAAAACUACUCGAGGAUUUCCUCCGCCUAUACGCCUAGGAUACACAAAAUCGGAAGUCUAUGGCGACCUGACUCACCUCAACUCGGUUGAUGAACAUGCAAUAAAGGUAGCAAGCUGUAACCAUGCAAGCUUUAAAGACCUUCUGUGGCAUCUUGUGUACAGCAGAAACUUUUUCUCUGACCUUGAUAAGGCAAGGGUUAUAUUUAAAUGGAUGACAACAAAGAACCUUCAUGCAAUACAGUUUGAGAAGUAUCCCCAUGGUUCGGCAGAGGAAUUGUUCAAGACCCUUCAAAACAAGGAGACUACAUAUGCCAAGGUGUUUGCUGUUAUCUGUGGGUAUGCGGGACUGUACUGUGUUGUACUUACGGGGUAUGCAAAAGGAAAAGACUUCAAACCUGGAGACUCUUUCAAAGGGGAGUCGAACCACAGUUGGAACGCCGUGUACAUCGAUGAUAACUGGCAUUUGGUGGACUCGAAAUGGGCAGCCAUGGCACGGAACAACAAUAACACCAGUGUGAAUGUUGAAGAUGACUUCUACUUUUUGACCGACCCGGAGCAUUUUAUCUACAGUCACUGGCCUCAUCAAACAGAAUGGCAGUUUUUACCCCGUAAAAUAUCACUGAGCGAGUUUGAAGAGCUUCCCUUUGUUAAGCCCCAUUAUUUCAAGACCAGCAUUACUCUUGGCUGGACAGAGAAACCAGUUAUCCGUUCACAUCAUGGCGUCGUCACAUGGACUUUAAAAAACGCAAAACCUUUGAAAUUUGGGUUUAAGAUAUUUCUAGCUAAUGAAGAUAAUGUUAAAUACAAAGGACCUGAUUUGAAAACAUGCAUGUAUCAGGAAAGCAAAGUUGAUGAAACCAAGUUCGUGUUCAGAGCGCCGAAAUCCGGAACAUUUAUAUGUAAAUUUUAUGCAAAAAGUCUGGAACCAGAAGAUGCUAAUAAACACUUGACAGAAAUAGUUGAAUACCGGAUGGAAGUCAAGGAACCAGCACCGGAUGCUGCGCCAUUACCACAGUGCACCCACACUAUCUGGGGUCCAGGAGUUAAAUCUAGAAAGUUAGGGCUAGAAGCCGACUUCAGGUCUGGAGUAAUAACCUCGCUGGAGCCGACAGUUGACCUGAAGUUUCAGAAGACCCGUCCAUUACAGGUGUUGUGCAAGUUGAGGAGGAGAGAUGUUGAUGAUGCUAUCCUAGACAGGUGUAUUAAAGUCACUAACCUUGAUAAGAUCAGUGUCAGUUUAAAUCUACCUGAACCCGGGGAAUACGGUGUAGAUAUUCUCGUAAACCAACCCAAAAAGAAACGGUCAUUCUGUCAUGCGUGCCAGUAUCUCGUCCUAUAUCUCGCGGACGACGAGAAGUCAACGUUUGUUGGAGAAAUCACGAGAGGACAGGGUACUGAUGAUAUCGACGGUGAGGUGUUCGAACAAGAAGAAAAGGAGAAAACUAUGUCAUGGAAUAUUCCAACGAUUGAGGCGUUAGAAUUCCAAGAUCGUAAGGAGCCGCCAAAGCCUCCGGAAAACUUCGAACUUCUUCCGAAUGUUACCGAAGCGCCGAAACCAGCGCCCGUGAGCAUGGCUGGUGUUGUAACUUUCUACGACUUCACGGACAGAAGGGCGAUCGAAUCGUUAGAUUCUCAUGCAGAAGAGGUGGCGCAGUGUAACCACGACAGUUUCAGAGACCUAAUGUGGGACCUAAUCUUCUCGGUCAAUGUUACCAACGAUCUUGCAAAAGCUAGGCUUAUAUUCCGUUGGAUUUCAAAGAAAGAUGUAGCAGAUAUCGAGUUUAAGACGGUUGAAAAAGACAGUCCAGAAGAGAUCCUGAUAUGGUUGAAGAUGGGAAGGUCCACUCCUGCUCAUGUCUUCUAUACCAUGUGCUGUUUUGCCGGCCUUCACUGCAAGUUGAUUUCCGGUCUAGCAAAGGGUGCCAACUACAAAAUCGGGCAACCCAUGACCCCUGAGGAAUACCAGCAUUGGUGGAAUGCUGUGUAUAUUUACGGGAAAUGGUGUCUUGUUGACAGUUACCUAGCAACCAUUCCUAUUAUAAACAAAACUGGAACAGGCGAACUGAAAUACAGUUUUAAUGAAAACUAUUUUCUAGUUGACCCAAACAAACUAAUUUACACACAUUUUCCGGAAGAACCAGCAUGGCAGUUAAUAAACAAUACAGUCACUCUUGAUGAAUUUACUUUGCAACCCAAAAUUACGCCACAUUUCCUGCAGUUUGGUCUGCAAACGGUAUCACACAAAGCCGGGGUGAUUUACACGACUGAUGAAAUAGAAAUCCACUUAGGGUUUCCAUCAAAACGCACAGGGUUGAAAUUUGUGUUCAGCAUGAUCUAUGAAACCGGUGCGGAUGACUUUAACGGUAUAAAAUUAAACCAAUUUGGUAUGGUUGAAUGUUUACCAAAUAUGGCGGUGAUCCGUGUCAGUCUUCCAAAGAAAGGGACCUAUUCUCUUCAUGUAUUUGGUAAGGAAGACACUCCAACGGGAAAAGAUAUUUCUUUCUCGCAAGUUUGUGAAUACCAGUUAAAUCAAGAGAAGGAGCCGCAAAAAGUCGUCUGUCCUUACCCGCCUUGUUCUUCUUUGAUGUGGGGACCAGGCCCGGGAUUUUAUCAGCUAGGACUAACGCCGGGAAACAAUCGUGCCAUUGUACAUUCAAAAGCAGGAAAAGCAGAAGUUAGGAUUAAAAUGAUCAAGGCGAUACAGUUGCGUUCCCAGGUUAAACUUAGCGCAGUUUCAGUUUCGCAAGAUUUACCUCUUGUUGUCUACAAAAUCGUAGAAAAUAUGGCCUCCUUUACAGUCAUCACAACCGAAAAAGGUCGCUAUGGGCUUGAAAUUUAUGCACGUGAUCCAGACACGCAAGAUGCAGAAGAUAUGAGAUUCCGCCAGGUGGCGCAAUAUUUGGUAGAAUGCAAUGACGUAACACCUAAUAUAGAUCUUCCAAAAUUACCACCAGGGUUCCUAGGGCCACAACCGAAGUUCACUGAAUUUGGUCUCCGAACGCUAAAUGAGCAUGACCCUCUUUUGGAACUCAGGGACGGAAACCAUAUAGAAAUCCAACUUGCUACUACGCGAGAUAUGAAAUUCAAUGCUCAGCUUAUCCAGGCCAACACGGGUCAAGACGUUUCGGACUUUAUUUUCAUCCAAACCCAACCCUCCAUCGUCACAUUCCUUGUGAACAUUCCCUCUUCCGGUUUCUACAAGUUACAAAUCCAUGGCAACGUAGCCGAGGACCAGUCCCAUACAUCCCUUGGUCUCUUCAACUAUCUUAUCUACUGUAAAGAAGUCACAGAGGCCGUGUACCCAUACCCACGUCAGCUUGGUCACUGGAAAGAAGGCUGUUACAUGUUCGAACCGUUAAUCCUGCACGCGGAUAUGAAUCAACCGGAAGUGAAAUUUCGCACUCACGUUCCGAAAGCAAAACAAGUGGUUAUAUUUGUAGAACAAAACGUCUGUCCUUUGGAGUCGCUUGGUCCGGUACAGUGGGAAGGAAACAUCAAUUUGUCCAAAUAUUACGGCACGGAUACGAAAGUGAUAUUAGCAGCAAAUUAUGGGGGUGAUGAGGAAAGAUUUGCUACACUUUUAGAAUACAAAUUGUAGUGGUCCAUAAAAUAGUAUUAGAUAGCAAACAAAUUACAUUCAUGAGUGUCACGUUGAAGAAUUUAAAAUAGCGUCAGUCAUUAAGAUCAGUAGUUUACAAUUUUUCUCAUCGGUAUUGAUGCCUUUUCCUCGCUUAGUUACUGAGUCUAUAUAAAAGUCUCAGGCUACAUAAACAUGUAAAAAAGCAGAAUGUGGGAAGGCUAAUGUAAAGUGCAUACGUUAUUUCGCCUGAAUUAGCAACAUUAUAAUGUUAACUUAUUCCACAGGACAUGUGGGAUGCCAACAAUUUUUCCACAGGCUAUGUGGAAUACCAACAUCUAGACAAAAGUGGAUCAUUUAAGAAAGAACAGUGUCACUGAGACGUUACUCUCACCAACAUAAACCUCUUUUUUUAAAGAAGUAUAGAUGAGUAACUUGUGAAAAGCUGAAAGAGUUUUCGUUACUUGUUGGUAAAACGAAAUCAUGAACUUCGGCCUGUUACCAUAGAUAUUACAGACACACUGAAAGAAUUCAGCAGUAAACUCUGUGUUAAUUUUUCAUCAUGUAAAUAAUUAUAAAUCUAAGUACCCAAGAUUUUUUUGAUGAUUUUUUUAUUCAAAGUACCCAAGAACUUUACAUUUUGAAAGAAUUCUGUUAGUAACACAAGAAUACAAGAAGACAUGUGAGCCGCGCCAUGGGAAAACCAACAUAGUGGGUUUGCGACCAGCAUGGAUCCAGACCAGCCUUCGCAUCCGCGCAGUCUGGCCAGGAUCCAUGCUGUUCGCUAACGGUUUCUCUAAUUACAAUAGGCUUUGAAAGCGAACAGCAUGGAUCCUGGCCAGACUGCGCGGAUGCGCAGGCUGGUCUGGAUCCAUGCUGGUCGCAAACCCACUAUGUUGGUUUUCCCAUGGCACGGCUCAUGUAUUGUAGCCUCAUCAUGACAGGAAAGGAUCUACUGUAGAUAAAAUACUUGAUGUAAGCAGAAAUAAUUUUUUUCAUGAGAUUUUUUCAAGUAUAUGUUUAUUUACUGGAUUUAAUUUAUCAGAUAUUAUGUCUUUUAAAAUGACUAUGUCAGUUGAAUUUUUAUUCUGCUUGAUUGUGAAAAUGGUGCCAUUUUAAUGUGACGUGGCCCAUAUUCUAGUUUUACGCCAGUUUUGAAAGUGCCAUUUAAUCAAGAAUUUUUGCUGAUGUGGUGUGCUUUAAAAUCAGUAGUUUACAUUAAGUAGCCAAACUUUGAUGAAGACAGUUUUGAUUUAAAAAGCACAUGACACUCAAAUAAUGACAACAAUAUGUGUUCAACUUGUUUACAUUAGAUUUUACAGAUAAAUGGAUAAAUAUUCAAUGGUAAGAACAAAAUAAAUAAAUAGUAGGUUUAAUUUCAACCAGAACAUUUCAAUAAGAUUUCAAGUUUACAUUUUGUACAUGCAUAGUUUGUGUUUCAUGAUAGCAUAAUACAUUUCGAUAGAUUUCAAUGGAUCACAUUUUUUCUUGGCUCAGAUUCAAUGUUCGUAACAUACAACCGAACAUUCAAAUUUUAAAUUGAUUUCAAAUUAAUAUUUAGAAAUUUGCGUUAGUUGAAAAAAUUAUUUCCGCCAUAAUGAUCUCAAGUAUCAAUUUGAUCAGUAUUUUAUCCAUAUAACACAUAUUUAAUUCUUUUUCUGAGACCCGGGAUAAUAGUCUGGUGUCACUGGAAUAAUAAAGUGGUUCUUCUGUUGAAACUUAAAAUGCAUAUGUAUGAAAGCGAUCGCAUAUUAUUAGCAUUUCCUCUAUGAAUUCAUUUUUGUCCCAUAUACAUUGUAUUACAUUUGUUGAUGUUAUAAUACAGUUUAAGUAUAUUUCAAAUGUUGAAUAAAUUUUCAAAGAAAAGUCAA